AGACUUCGAGUUUUCAGCUUUGCAUGUUGAACGGCCGUCUCAGCAACACCAGGAAGAACGUGAGUCUUGCUGCCAUGUAGUGACAAGUUCAUCGGCAAUGCAGCUAAGGAGUUCACCUACUGACACAUGAUGACCAGACGCUGCUCGUUGCACAUUCCCAGCACCGCACUUGCCAUGAUGAACGACCAAUACUACUCCACCUUCGACCCAUAUGGGCAAGACAUCACCAUCAUCGCUCCAAAUGGCAUCGAUACCAUCACGAUUCCGCUGCGGACAGUCUUCACACUGCAAGCUAUGGCAACACACACGGGCAUCAUGUUCGGCGUCCAGAUCGGCAUGGUGGCCAUCCUGCUUCUUGUCCUUGCCAUGGUCACCAAGCCGGGCAAGCAUCGCAGCCUGGUUUUCAUCCUCAACGUGCUGUCCCUGGUGUUCAUCCUCGCCCGGAAUAUCAUGGCGUGCUUCGGAGUGACAGGCCCCUUUUACAACUACUACAAUUGGGUCGCGCAAUACUAUGACUCCGUCACCACGGCCAAGAACCUCUCCAUUGCUGUCGAGUGCAUGAGCUUCUUCGUCGACGUCAUCAUCGAGCUCUCCCUCAUGUUCCAAGUGCGAAUCGUCUGUUGCACGUUGAGUUCACUCUGGCGCAGCGUCAUCACGCUGGCAUCGGUGCUUGUCGUGUUGAUGGCAGUCGGCGCGCGAUUCGCACUCAUGGUCCUCAAUAUCAAGGACAACAUCGCCAUCGUGGGACAGUCGACUGAGGAGCAAUGGGAGCGGCUGAACCAGGUCGGCUCUGCAUCUAACAUUUGCCUGAUGAUCAGCAUCAUCUUCUUCAGCCUGAUCUUCUGCAUCAAGUUGGCACACGCCAUCCAACAACGUCGCAAGAUGGGCAUCAAGCAGUUCGGACCAAUGCAGAUAAUUUUUGUUAUGGGCUGUCAGACCUUGAUCAUCCCAGGUGAGCAAUCCCCUGUGAACGUCGAGCUUUCUCGGCUCGCGCUAAUCCGGCUGCAGCAAUUUUCGGUUUUUUGAGCUACGUGAUCUUGAAGAAUGAGCAAGUCAACAGCUUCAUGCCCGUCGUCGUCGCCGUCUUCCU